AUGGAAGUUUUCCAAAAAGAACCGCGCGAAACCUUUUUUAAAUGGUUUUUCCAAUUCCAGGGUAUCAUGCGGUUUUUAAUCGUUUCCCUCGUCUUGGUCUCAUUUUCCAUAGCGCAGCAAGUGCUAGUGAAUCUGCCCCAAGGACAAGUCGCUGGCUACCAUGUGGAUUACGGUAACGACACGGAUCAGCUUUUCUACGGCUCGGCUGACGUUUUCCUUGGCAUCCCAUAUGUUCAGCCCCCAAUUGGGAAUCUUAGGUUCCAGGUGUGUUUCUAAUUUUUUUGGCUGGAAAAAAAUUAAUAUAUAUUUUGAGCUUUAGAAGCCCCAGGAGCUCUGUCAGUUCCCUGGCCCGGCACCGUACAAUGCCACUUUUUAUAGGUAAAGUUUUUGGCUGAAAAAAAAGUUCUGGGCAAGGGUAAAAAAAUGAGUUUUUUGCAAUAGUCCGUUGACAGUUUUCGCGUGUCUGCGUCUCUCUGUUCCCUCACUGGCGAGGUCAGAAAUACAAGGAAAUAGCACGUAAACAUGAGAGGCUCGUUGAGAGACAAGGAGGGCGCAGAGAAGUCCCGCCCUUCGAAAUCGCGAAAAACGGGCUAUAUUUAUUGAGGAUAACACAGGCAAGAUUGGCUAAUUAAGGUGCAAAGAUGUUCAGAAAGUCCUAACUUUUUUUUAAUACGAGCUAGAGGCGAAUGAACUGUGAAAAAUUCAAAAAAAGGCUCUGAAAAGUUUUUUAAGCCUUAAUUAAAAUUGUGGAUAUCAAAGUACUGCAAGGAUUCUUCUGAGCCUGCUAAACCAACUUUCGUUCUUCUGGAUUUACAAAUUUUCAGACCUGCAUGUCCGCAGAGCGGAAGCUACCCAAUGUCCGAGGAUUGCCUGUAUUUGAACGUUUUCACGCCUUCUGUUAAACCCGAUGUCAAAUACCCGGUCAUGCUUUGGAUCCAUGGAGGGUCUCUGAAGGGCGGCAGCGCCAUGGAUUAUCAACCAAAGGUCUGACCUUGUAAAAAAAAAAAAAUUCAUUUUCUCAAUUUUUCUAGGGAGCCAUUCGGAACCUGGUGUCGCGUGGAGUCGUCGUCGUCACAAUUCAAUACCGCCUGGGACUUUUGGGCUUUUUCACCACCCACUCGCCCGAUUUCCCACCGAACUUGGGACUACUGGAUCAGGUUGGACCGUUUGGGAUCAAACAAAAAAAGAAGUGGUCUACAUUUUUGUAUAAGUGUACCUUUAACUUUUUCUAUAAUUCAGGACACUUUAUAAUUUUUCAAGCUUUUUAGGUGGAAGCCAUCCGUUGGGUCUCCAACAACAUUGUCAAGUUUGGCGGCGACCCCUACAGAAUCACACUUUUCGGCCAAAGUGCCGGAGGAUGCAGCGUCUCGGCGCAUACCUACUCUCCUUUGAGUCAAAGUGAGAUUGAAAACGAAAAAAUUGAAUGAAAUUAAUGCCUUGACAGACCUGUUCCAUGGCGCGAUUAUGGAGUCGGGCGUCGUCUGGACUUGCUACGAGGGAGCCUUGUCUUUCACAAAUCAUUCAUUCAAUCGAGCUCAGGCGGUUGGUAGAGAAACUGUGUUCCUGGCAAGAAUUAUAUCCUACUGAGGCUUUUCGGAACGAAACUCAUCGGGAACUGUUCAAAAAAAUCCUCAAAAUUUGAACUUCCAAUAGGAAAUAAGUGCUUGCCUGGUAAAUUCCAUUGAAUGUCCUUCAAAUUAAGCAACUGAUCAGAAGUAUGCGUUUGAGAAAACUUUUUAUAGUAAAAACAGCCUCUGUCCCCGCCUUAUGAAAUUUUACAAGUUAUAUAAUUUACUGAUCUUCAAUUUUAUAUUUAUAGUACUAACCGUUGUGCCCGUAGGUGGCCAGUGAAGACGUUGUAGUAGAAGAUUUGUCAGUAACAAGAAACUAGACUAUUUACAAUAACAAACAAGGGGUUAUAUAGUGCUGAGAGAAGAGAUCCCGAAGAUUAUGAAAUGUUCCAGAAUGGGGGUGGGGUUUAGAUAGUAUUAAGAUUAGAGUGAAAGAUGGAACAUUCCAGAGUUUUAGAGAUCUGUCCUGAAAGCAAUAGAACAUUCGAGAACAAUGUGGAACCUUUUAGAAAGGUAAAGAACAAAUGAGAAGAUUGUAGAAUUUUCUAGAAGGGAAACCUUUACACAUGAUCCCUAUGACGUAAUGAGACUAGAAAUGUAUUAAAUACUUUAGAAAAUUCUAGAAUCAGCUUAAUAUAAUAGUUAUGCUCUAACACUAACUUAUCAUUAGUUAUCCAAAAAAAACAAAACAAGUAUUUAGCUCUGUAACACGACUUUUCAACAAUGGACCAGCAACGACUUUGACAGUUUGAAAACUUGUAUGAUGAACACGGACUAUCGUAAAUGGCUUCCGAUGGAUGAUGUAAGAGGGCGAAACUCAGAAGGAAACGAAGUGAAGUCCAUUUAUUUCAGGGGAUGAACGAGCUUUUCGGCUGGCGAAUGUCUCAAGAUAACUAUUUCCUACCCGAUGUUCCGAGAAACUUGGCCAAAUACCGUAAGAAUAUCCCGGUUAUGUUGGGCAGCAACCUCAACGAGUACAGCUUAUUCGGUAGAACUCCAUUAAACGCUAAAUUCUAUCGAUAUUUUUGAGAUUUGAGUCUCUUGGCGGAGCAGGCGACAACCUUGGACACUUACACGCGGCAGUUUUUCGAAGCGAAUUUGGCCAUGGUCGGCAGCAGUUUUGGAAAUGAGACUGAUCAGAUCACGUGAGGAGAUUUGAAUAUUUUUAAGCCGUGAAGCCAGGAAAGACUUUCAAAUUAAAUUUUCAAAAAUCAGAAAUGGGACUGACAUCAGGUUAAGGACCUGAAGUUUUAUGUGAGGCAAAUUGAAAGGCUUUGAAAAUUUUUUUUUGGUUUGGGGAAUCUCUUGGAAUGCAGCUCUCAAAAAGUUAAGCAGACCAAAAUGCAGCUCUCAAAAAGUUAAGCAGACCAAAAUGCAGCUCUCAAAAAGUUAAGCAGACCGAAACGCAGCUCUCAAAAAGUUAAGCAGACCAAAAUGCAGCGCUCUAUAAGUUGCUUAACAUGUUAUUUCAUAAAAAUUUUCAACUUUCAUAGCUCUGGAAUACUUUUUUUCAUUAAAUGAGUCUAUAAAGUUCAAAUUAUAGUAAAAUAAUGGAGAACACCUACGCGGCACCCGAAAUCAAGGACGACGAUCAUAUCGAAUGGCUCAAGGCCAAUGAUAGAGUCAGUUAUAUGAUUGUAAAAUUUCUCAGAUAAAGUUUUGGUCGCAAUUGGAAUGGCUUAGUGGCGAAAAACUGGAAGUGUAUUUCUGUAGCAAUGGAAAAUCGAAGUCAGAUUGAUAAACUUAUCAGUAGAUAUCAAAAGUCUCAAUUAUUUCCAGGCGUUGACCUGCGGGGGAUUCACUGGGUUCAUUGGUCGCGAUAUUGAUAGUUGGCUGGAAUUUGGGAACCAAAACGUCUACCUAUACGAGUACACCCAUCCGUCGAAUGUUUCCUUCGUCACUUAUCACGUUCCUGGCUGGGAUCGUUAGUUUCUUCAACGUCUUUUUCAUGCUUUCCGUUCAAAAAACGACAAAGUCUCCUAGACCCCUAAAUUUUCAGCAGUACCCCACGCCGCCGAAAUUCCCUUCAUCUGGAUGCCAGAAUAUAUGUGGACGGCUGGCCUUGCCACCGACGUUGAUUUCGCCCUUCUAGAUUGGUUCGGCGAGACUUGGACCAAUUUCGCCAAGUUUGGGUGGGUAUUUGAGAAGGAAGAUCUUUUGGAUUUUUUGAAAAUUAGAAGGUUGGCUUCUUGAUAUGAUAAAGGCCUACCCUGAAGAUUCGGAAAAAAGGCUCAAACCAACUUUUGAGGAGAUUCUUCACCUUUAAAGGGUGCCCUAUCGAAAAAUAUGAAACUAUGAAGAUUGAGGCUUCAGAUUUUUAAUUUGCCUCAGUACAGAGUUUUCAGACCAGUUUUCCAGUUCAGAGUAAAAUCAUCUUCUUGUUGAGAACAAUUUUUGAAGAUUCCCGUUCCUUGACAAGUUUUGGACGCCGGUGCAAGGUCGACGGCAACUGAACUAUGUCAGCAUCGGGGAAGCGACUUUCGCAAUGUUGCCCGACUACAGACAGACUGAUCAAGUCGUCUGGAAUAGGGUAUAGUCCAACUUUGGCCGCGUUUGGAAUGGUUUGAAGCGUUGCGGUCGCGCUGCGUGAAUAUUUUGUGAAAAAGAAGUAUUUAAAAGUUUUCAUUGUAGGGAGAAAGGUGAAAUAACCCUUGUAAGAGAUUGAAAAAGGCCGAAAAAGACCAAAACUGAAGGGUUUCUCUAUCUUUUUCUGCUGUUUGAAAAUUCUUCUUCAAAGAUUUUUAACCGAAUCAUAAAAAAAAAUCAGAUUUUUUUAAAUGUUUCAUUCAUUUCCGCUCACUUUUUCCAGGUAAAUCCUGCCCUCACCGGUAUCCUACCACCUGACGUUCCUGACUACAAUAAUGGAACGAAUCGCAUUCCGGGUUUUGUGUCAUGUAAGUUUAAGGCGAACUACUAGUUUCUGUGUUAUUUCAGAGCUUUUAAAAACAAUUCCCAACAGAUUAAAAUCCGAAAAUGAGGGUAUUUUUCAGUUUAGUGCCCGCUUCCCAGUGCAAUUAUACCGCUUAUUCCACUCUGAAGCCAUCGAUUUCUACUUUUUCAACAUCCUUUGCGGUUUCUCUUUUUUCAAAUCAUAUCAUUCAUUUUCCUAUUUUCCAGCUCCCAACGUUUUCCACGAUUUCCUCAUGGUUCAAUACAACUACCACUACAACUACCACUAUAGCCACGACGACUUCUUUUUCAAUUUCGCCCUCCUAUUUAUUUUUCCCAUUGGUUAUUGUUAUAUCUCGUUGCUUCUUCAUCGAAUAA